GUGCGGAGAAGGAUCCUGCCGCAAAGCCGCCGCUGCACAUUUUAAAGCCACUGUAUCAUUAAUCCCAGUCGAAGACCGAGUCGAGCCUUACUCAAUUGCCGUCGGUGGAUCAGAAUGCAGUGCGCCGGCGGGCUAGUGAGUGGGCCGAAGCGGGAAUCAUCGGAGGUCGCUCCGGUGGAUACCUCCGGUGGGUGGAGCUUCACUAUGGUCUUCUUGGCGCGUGACGGGAAUACUGGCGGAGAAUGUAUAGUAUUGUGGCGUUAUCUUGAGACACCUUGUUGAUUGAUUCUCGUAGACAUCCACACGUCAUGGCGCACCCACAGGUUGCAUUCCGCAACACAACAUUCACUGGAGAGUCGAUGCUCGCAGCCAGGCGCAACACAGUCGCAAGUACAACACUCAAGACCCAACUUGAUCAGUUCAAGACUACAGGGCGUUACAGCUGCUUCGAGUUGAAAUGGCACCCUAUCUACGAUGACCGCACGGAAUGGCCUGUGCCAAAGCACCUUUUCUGGGACAGUGAUCUGGCCAAGUGGAUGGAAGGCGCAUGCUACUUUCUGGAAAGCCAUUACGACGAGGAGAUUGAUGCUGCGGUACAGUACCUCGUCAAGACCAUCCGGUCCGCCCAACAAGAAGAUGGCUAUCUGAAUCUGCACUACACGGUCGUCGACCCCAAGGGCAGGUGGUCUAACAUCAGAGACAUGCACGAGUUGUACAACUGUGGGCAUCUAAUCGAGGCCGCGCUAGCACAUCGCAAUUACUACAAGAACGACCUGCUUCUGGAGCCGCUUGUCAAGUACGUCCAGCUGAUUAACAACACCUUCGGCCCUGAAGAGGGGAAACUGCACGGCUACCCCGGACACCCAGAGAUCGAGAUGGCGCUGCUCCGUCUGUACACCGAGACGGGACUUGAUGAGGCGUAUAAUCUCGCACGGUACUUCAUCGAAGAGCGUGGGAACCCCGUCGGCCAGGAGGGGAAGCUGUUCUAUGUCUGGGAGGCGGAGCAGCGGGGCGAGAGCCCGUGGAUGCGACCGAACGUGUAUAUGAAGGCGGGGGAACACUGGUACAAUCAGUCCCAUGCGCCGAUCCUGGAGCAGCAGACUAUUGAAGGGCACUCGGUGCGGGCGCUGUAUCUCCUCACUGCGGUGGCAGAUCUGCUGUGCGUUGAGAAGAAGGGCGGGAAUGCGGUGGCCAAGUCGGAUGAGUGGCUUGCUGCGCUCCAUCGGCUGUGGAAUAACAUGGUGGACAAGAAGAUGUCUGUGACGGGUGGUGUGGGCGCGAUGGAUCAGUGGGAAGGGUGCGUGGUCAUCACAGUCUCUUAAGCCGACUGACUGACGGACUGACUGACUGACUGACUGACUGUAGAUUCGGCAUCGACUACUUCCUCCCUCAGUCCACUGACGAAGGCGGCUGCUACAACGAAACCUGCGCAUCCAUCGCCAUCAUGUUCCUCGCAGAGCGCUUGCUGGACAUCGAGCUCGACGGCCGCUACGGCGACAUCAUGGACCUCUGCCUGCACAACAACAUCAUGACCGCCAUGAGCCUCGACGGCAAGUCCUUCACCUACGCGAACCAGCUCGGCAGCUCCGGCGCCCACAAGAGCAGCCGCGAGUCUUGGUUCCACUGCGCCUGCUGCCCGCCCAACUUCAGCCGCCUGUUUGGCAGCCUGGGCGGCUACCUGUGGCACUUCGGCGAGGACCCUGCCUCCCCCGGCGCCGCAUACAUAAACGUGCACCU